UGUCAGCACCAUUGGAAGUUGACAAGUUACUAUGUAUCAACUUCCGCUUCGUCGUCAUCACCGGAAGUUGAUAUAGUGGACUUGGUUGUUGUUGCUUUUUAAAUACAUUCUCCUUUCCUACGCUAACGUUUGGAAAUCGUUCCGAGUAACUUCAUUGCAUUUAUAAACGUAUUUUGCCCCCCAAAAAACAACCAGAUCCAAUUGUAAAGGUGUUUCUAUCACUAUUAUGAUAUUAAUUUGCUUGUGCCGUCUCUUGAACAUAAAUUGAAGUUCGUUGUUGGAUUUAAAAGUGACAGCAAACCACACUACAAACCACAUCAGUUUCAUAUCUCUUUCAGACUGACAUCAUCCAUGUCUGAGGGGAAAGAUAUGUUUCCCCGAUCAACGAUCCAAGAAGCCAACCGGCACUUGCAGGCACUCUACCACAGAGUUGAUGAACUGGAAAGCAUCAUAAAUGAGCAACAGUUGAAGCAGUUGGCUGCCGAUGAAGCCUUUAAAGAAAAAAUAAAUGAAAUCAAUCGCAGUCAUGACACUGAAGUGAAGGUGUUGGACAUGAGAUUAAGAGAUUUAGAAAAAGAUGUUGAAACUCUGACAGAAACAAUCCAUCAAAAGGAUUUCCUCUUGGAGAAGUUAACCUACCAGUGCCAACAUCUUGAGACCAUUCUUGGUUACCAAAGUUCUCUACGGGAUCUCCUUGAGACAAUGGAAUCUUCCAGCAUAAGUGUCGAUAGUGCAAGAAUGACACGUCCUCUUUCAGAGAAUUCUACCUCUCUGAAGAACGGAGACAUUGAAAACUCUUCACCAUUCCCUUCAUCGUCAUCUUCUUCCUCGCACAAGGCGGUUCUAGAAUAUUCUGUGACUGAAUUCAGUGACAACGAGUCACCUGUGAAUGAGCGUAAAAAAAAGAAUUUUACUACUAAAGACAAGGAAUAUUAUCUAUAAAAAAUAUUAUUUAUAAAAGCAUUAUUCAUGAAAAAGAAAGAAUACAAGCUAGGGAUAUUUAGCUAUUAUCUACUUGAAUACACUUUUACUUGUGUGUUCAUGUGUUUUUAUGUUCAGAAAUGUAAAACACUUCAAGGAACCUGUGUAUUCACUUAAGAUCCCAUCUGUGCUACAAUGAUGUGGAUCUUUUGAGUAGAAGAAAGGAUCCUUGAAUAGAAGUCUGCUAGAAUAUUAAUCUGUUUUUAUCCUUGUCCUUCUCUUUUUCUCUCUUUCUCUUUCUCUCCCUCUCUCUCUCUCUCUCUCUCUCUCACUAUAUAUAUAUAUAUAUAUAUAUAUAUAUAUAUAUAUAUAUAUAUAUAUGUAUAUAUAUGUAUAUGUAUGUAUGCAUGUAAAACGUAUACACAGUUACCUCUAUAAUACUGGUAAUAAUUAUUUUUUACAUUCCACAUUUCAUUUCCAAAUUAACUUAAACGCUUGAUUUGCAUAUUACUGCAGCAUCACAGUACAGCAAUCAAACAACUAAACAGCUAAUGAUUUUUUUUUUUUUUUUGUUUCCUUCUAAAACAUAAAUGUUCCAUUUUGUGGGUCAGGCAAAGGUAGAAAAGAAAAGCAUAUGCUUUUCUUUUCGUUAUUUAUUCCUUUUCUUUUUUAACUUUUUAUUGAUCUUACUAAUUUAUUGUUUAUUUCAUUUGUUUUUUAUAAGCUUGUACAAUGGGACAUUAGACACCUCUUGUAACGUCUGGUAG